CUGCUGAUCAAUUUCCCUUCACAUUUGAGAGAGAUGGAAGGUUCUUAUUUUUUCAAUGCACUCGCGGCUUUGUUCAUUCUGCUUCAGCUCACAACUCACAUGAACACAUGCUCAGCUGCUAGACCAUCUCCCAACGAAGCUUACGCCGAGUUUAUUAAAACAUCUUGCCGCACAACAACAUAUCCUCAGUUGUGCACGAGCUCCCUCUUGAGCUAUGCGAGUAAAAUCCAAACCAGCCCCAAAAUAUUAGCCGACACAGCCCUGUCAAUUGCUCUUGCAACAGCCCAUUCUACGUCCACAGCAAUUACCAAGCUGUCAAAAACCCAGAGCUUAAAGCCUGGGGAGGCUGCUGCAAUCCGCGAUUGUGUGGAGGUCUUAGGCGACUCCGAGGACGAGCUCCAAAUGUCCAUACAGGAAAUGGAACACCCUGAAGGCAAAAGCUUUGGGCUUCAAAUGAGUGAUAUUCAAACAUGGCUGAGUGCGGCCUUGACGAACGACGACACGUGCAUGGAUAGCUUUGCUGGGAAUGCCAUGAAUGGGAAUGUGAAGACUACAGUCAGGGGCUACAUUCUUCAUGUUGCACAAAUGACUAGCGUUGCCUUGGCUCUCAUCAACAACUAUGCUUUAGGCCAGACCACUUCACCUUAGGUGAGAUCAUGGCAAUAAUAACUUUGGUUUUAUUUGUUCUUUGAUUUGUAUAAUAUAAUAAAUUUCCAAUUCACGCUUUCCAUCACCGGCCGCAAAUGUGUCAAUAUGGACCGGUGGAAAUUCGUAGUGAGGUUUGGAGCUUUGGAGACUAGAUAGAAAGUGUGCUACAUACCCAGCUUGCCUAUAUGUUUAUUAUAUUCAUAUAUUGUCAAAAUUAAUAUAAAUCGAACAUUUCUUAUGAAUCCCUU